CUCAAGAGCCACGCAUCCAUAAUCACUGAUAUCCCACAAAGCAUCCAAUUCUCUCCUCCACCUCUCACCCUCUACAAAACCCUUUAAUUCAAAACGAGCAGAAAAAACCCACCAAAACCAAAAACCCAUUUCUUCCCACAAAAAUGGUAUCAAAAAACCCGAACCCGGCUGACGGAUUCUACCUGGAUCCAGCCGGAAUGGCUGCAUUACCUGGACUCUCAACGUUCCCUACAACAACGACGACGACGGCGUCAGAUUCUUCAUCGGAGGAUCCGAAUAAGAAGAUCCGAAAACCGUACACGAUUACCAAAUCCAGAGAGAGUUGGACUGAGCCGGAACAUGACAAGUUCCUUGAAGCUCUUCAGCUGUUUGACAGAGAUUGGAAAAAGAUUGAAGCUUUUAUUGGCUCAAAAACUGUUAUUCAGAUACGAAGUCAUGCGCAGAAGUACUUUUUAAAGGUUCAGAAGAGCGGAACGAGCGAACAUUUGCCUCCACCACGGCCUAAAAGGAAGGCUGCUCAUCCAUAUCCUCAAAAAGCUUCAAAAAAUGCUGUGGUGCUUUCACAACCAUCAGGAUCAUUUCAAUCAUCCUCUGCUCCCCUUGAAUCUGGAUGUGCUUUAAGGCCUAAUUCGUCUUCAAUACCUAUGAACCCCAUUGUAAGUGCUGCUGCUGCAUCUUCUUGGACAAACAAUGUGCCGACUGUCAGCGUAUCAAACCAAACAACAGGAGCAUUAGUGGCUAAUAAUUGUUGCAGUAGCAGUGAGAGUACUCCAAGAACAAAACCAGUUGGGAAAACAGCUGAGAAAGGGAAUCAUGGCCAAUCAAUGAGAGUGCUGCCUGACUUUGCUCAGGUAUAUGGCUUCAUUGGUAGUGUCUUCGACCCAAAUGUUACUGGUCAUUUGCAUAAUCUUAAGAAAAUGGACCCUAUAGAUGUUGAAACGGUGCUAUUGCUGAUGAGAAACCUCGCAAUCAAUCUUACCAGCCCCAGUUUUGAGGAACAUAGAAAGUUGCUCUCUUCCAAUGAGAUGGACUCGGAAGCCAUGGGUGUAAACAAGAACGUUGAUCAACCAAUGGAUGUUGCUUAAAUUUGGUUGGGAAACAAGAGAAGACAAUGAUCCAGCGUGGUUGCAUGGGCUUCAUGUUUGGUUUUCAGACAACUUUUGCCGACUCUUAUUCGUUGGUAUGGCAGGAAAAAAGAUGGCGCGAUUAGAAAGCCUUAAUGCCAGCUAUUAAAGGCAUCUGCUAUAGUUUUUUGUUGCCAUCUUCUCCUGUUUGUGAGGCCAUCGAUUGCAGAUUUUGUUACUUUUGUCCUCCUCCUACGUGUAUAUUGGAAAGAGGAAAUCCCUAAUGAUGUAUAAUAGUUCAGGAGUGUAUAUAGUGAUCUUAGCAUGUAUAGAUGUCUAAUCACUCAAAGUUUUGACUCUCAACAUGUAAACUGGGCAAUGCAAAUGAUUAUGUAUAUCACCUGUAAUCCCAUCUUUCUUUAAAAACUCUGCUGUUUCUUGCACAAUAGGGUAUUUAUGUAUUGUCUGGCUCAAGGCUUGACCUUUUAUUAA